AUUAGCUGAAUUCAGUUUUAAAUUGGAGCUGAGCGCUUCAAGUUCGAAAUAUUAUAAUUCAAAAUGAAAAUAGUUGCAACAGUUUUGCUUAUUAUAUUUAAUUCGGGGAUCAUACAUUCAAAUCACGAAUAUGAUCUCACUACGGAAAGCAACGAAGUGAAAAACACUACCUUUGCAAUUAUCACAGACAAUGAAGAAAAGUGCUACGGGUAUUGUUUUAACAUCAUACAACCUGUCUUAGAACAUACUGUCCAUAUACAAGUGAAGGACCAACAAAUUCUGGAACUAGCCAAACAGAUAGAAGAUCUCAAAAUGAAGGUGGCAAUAUUCGAAGAGACCAUCAAAAAUAAGGAUGAACAGAUUCUCGUGUCUGAUAAAUACAAAAAUGAAACUCUUGAACUUUUUUCCCAAUCAAAAGAAAAAGUCAUUGAAUAUAAAACAAAAUUUGAGAAUUGUCUAGCCCCAAAUUGUAUUGGUAAAGUAACUGAUAUAUAUGAGAUAAAAGUGCCUGGAAUCGAUGCAUUUUCUGUGCCAUGUGACUCGCGCUUAGCUGGCGCUGGAUGGACUGUAAUUCAAAGACGUAUGGAUGGAUCUGUAGAUUUUAAUCGUAAUUGGACAGAUUAUCGACAAGGAUUUGGUGAUCUGCGUAGAGAAUUUUUCAUUGGACUCGAUAAACUGCAUCUAAUAACUAAAUCGCAGAGGCACGAGUUGUACAUUUACCUUAAAAUCAACAACGGAGAGGGGUACGCUCGAUAUGAUAAUUUUUACAUUGGAGAUGAGGACGAGUUUUAUAAAAUAAAAUCCAUUGCCAGUUACUCUGGUAAUGCUGGCGAUGCCUUGAGUAGUCAUAGGGGCUCGAAAUUUUCGACUUCAGAUCGGGAUAAUGAUGUCAGUUCUAAUCAUUGUGGACAACAAUACAAAUCUGGUUGGUGGUUUACGAAUUGUUAUACAAGUAAUUUAAAUGGUCUAUAUAAUGGAACUAAUACCUUUGUCUGGCGCACAUAUAGUCAUUACAACCUUAAAUUUGUUCAAAUGAUGAUUAGACCAAAAUAGAAAUUAUAAAAUUUUUAACAAACAAUUAAAUUUAACCGACUAAGCAACACAAAAAUAUACAGCAAAUAAUACUUAAAACUUUGAGAUAUCUAUUCCAAAAAAUACAAAACAAUACAAUGAAAAAUGCUUCUCCUCUAAAAUAUGUGGAAUUGGUCUACACAUAAAAUAUAUUAUAUAUUAUGAUAAAUGUAAUUUCGAACAUUACCUAUGCCCAAUCAUUUAAACUAUGGUCUUUUUUUAGGAUAUAAAGCAGACUUACUUCAUAUAGAAUGUACAGCACAAAAAAAUAUAAAUAUUCUGAUAUGUAUUUACUAUAUUAUGAUUAUUUCAAUAAAAUACUCAAUCUU